AUGGCAGAGGAGAACCUCCGGGACUUCUUUCCAGAGAUGAGGGAGGUGGAAAAUAAAGUCGGGAGGAAAACACCGGAGAGUCUUCUGAGGUGGAUGAAGGAUGCUGCGGACUGUGGAGACAGGUGUGAUGUGGUGGACAGGGGGGACCACAGCUCUACCUUCAGUGGAAGCUUCUCUGACAGGAUCAGCUGUUUGAAACAAGAGAUGAGGUGGCUGCGCUCUGCCGAUGUGAAGAUUCUACGGCAGCUGGUGGCCGUGCACGAGGGGAUCGAGGCCAUGCGUUGGCUGAUGGAGGAGCGGGGAUCCCUGGCCAGUCGAGGCAGCAGCUUGACAGGAAGCCUGAGCAGCCUGGCCACUGUAGAGGAGCACGGACCCUCUAUGACCCCCCGCAGGGAGAGCCAGAGUCCGACCUUCCCUCAGGAUUUAACAGAAACAACAGGUGAGGAGUCUGCAGGUCAUCGAUCACCACAUGAUGAUGCUGAUUCACUGCACAAGAGCUACUUGGAUGUUCUGAGCCCCGAGUCUGCAGGAGUGAGACUUCCAAGUCCUUCCUACUCUGAGUUUGAACCCAACACACAGGACAUGGAUGCAGGUCAAGACUUCACAGCUGGAGCCAGUACCAUCAGGAGAGCUCUGCUCAGAUCUAGAAAGGCAAGAAAAGAAGUGAAAGCAGAUAUUGGUGGAUUUUCCCAAGAAUCAGGGGAGAUUCAGACAGAGUGCAGUCCACCUCAGGAGAGUUUCAGAGCCUCUCAGAAUGAUGUGAUGGAGGACGAGGAGGGUCCAUCAAAUACAGAGACGGUUCUGCUGGGGUAUGAUGCUCAGUGGUGCUGGGUGGAGUCACAGGAUGAUGUGACGUUUUUAUGA